AUGGUCAAGAUCGGGCAUGGUGAAGCGUUUGAUUUAAGUUUACGAGUAGCUGAUGAUAUUUCAUCGCACGAUGGCAGAGAUGGAGUGCAAUCGGAUAUAGCAAACGCUAACACCUUUCGUUACAUUUUCAAAAAAGUUACUGACACUUGGGAGACUGAUGUUGCUGGCGAAAAGGAUAAAGUUAUAUUGCCAGGAUUAAGAUCAGAUAAGGACAAAUAUACGAGGCUCUGUUCCUCUGUCUAUGUGACUGCUUAUAGCGACUUCUUUGUUGACACUUUCAAUCCGGGUAGGAUAGUUCCCGACAGCGCUCUAGAACACUGCCAGUUCUACCCGCCAAAGGCCCUGAACUAUAGGCUCUACCCCCAGAGCCAGAUUCUAGAUUGCUUCGAAGAAUAUUUGAAAGCUACUGGACUUCAGGCACCUAAAAAAAUACAAGAGGAGUUUGAGCGUUACAAAAUGAUAAGAGAAACUGCGGAAGAGGACGAGAGAGUGAAUGAAAGGUUCAAAAAAAUCGUGAAAGAUAUGGUCACCGAAUUUGAUGCAGCAAGUCAGCCGUACAACUCGUUCAUGCAAGCUUCCAAGCCAAUUUUUGACUGGUGCGAUUCCAGAUUGAUCUUAUAUCCGAGGUAUCUCAUGAAGCCGGCUGUCAUUGCGCAAAACGUUUCAUUUAGUAACGCUUAUGAAGAGAUAGAGGAGAAGGACCUUGAUUACACCGCCAUACUUCAAGAGCAGCUGGAUAUUCUGAAAGCCAACGCAGACAAAGGCCAGAAUGCCUGGAAGUACUACUUCAAGUACCGCAGCGGAAUAAAAUGCGGGAUGCCAAAAAUCAUUGGAGAAAUCGUCGACGUUGAAGCUUACGAUAAACAGUUCGUGUAUCUCAUGCGCAGACCUGAAAAUGACGCCAACAAAAUUAGAUUCACACUGGAUCAGAAGUUUAAAAAUGACGAAAUCAACUUCGAGGAAAAGUUGACCAAAUUGAAAAUCUUUCUGGAUCUGGAGUUCGAAAAGUUGAGAGGCUGCUUAGCCAAAAUCGGAUCUCACCAAGUGUACACGGACUCAAACAGCGCCGAGAAGAAUUACUUGAACGGGGUCAAACUUCUGUACAACUACUUGCUCCACAGGAGAAAUAAUAUGGUUCCAGUGUCAAUUCUUGCUUUGGAGGUUUCCGACAGAUACAAUAAUAUUUACU